UUGAAAUGAAUGCCCGAAAAAUAGUUUCGGAAUAGGUCGCGAAGUCAGCUGCUAGAAGUGUCUGUGUGCAAACAUAAUAAUAGAUGAACAGACAAUGAUGCUGGGAACAAUCUCUACAUGAGAAACGACAGGUUUUGUUUCUCGCGCACACAAGAAAUGUGACGAAAUCGAAGCAUGGCAUUUUUCACCAGAUGGGACUACAAGCACUAUUCGCUUGUCCAUGCAGAGAUUGAGAACGAAUGUUACGAGAAACUCGUUCACUUGAUACAAAAUGAAGCGCUUCCAAACAUGCCGCAAGAUCAGGCUGGCGAAGCCGGUGAAAUGAAACCGAUAUUCUCGAAGCUGAACAAGCAAGAGCAUAAGACGUACCUCAAGCUUCUUCAGACCUACAACAACAAAGUGCUGACUGAUCCAACCCUUGCUGAAAGGAAAGACAUUGAAACACUAGCUUGUCUGCAGAGGAAGGUCGUUCAAGAGCAGAAAGAAUUCGUUUCCAUUUUCGACAAACUUCCAGAUGUACUCGAGAGGUACAAGACCAUCAGCCUGCAAGCCAGCCGCUUCGUUCAAGAACACCUGGAAGCUAACCUCCAGAGGACCUUACGCUAUCCGAGGCACUACAAGGAGAAGGAAGUCUUGCAGUUCAGGGAUAUAGCGGCAAUUCCAGAAUUCCAAGCAAAUGUGCUGCAGAUGGGCAAAUGCGCCCGUGUGGUGCGACCUAACCUCUCCAAUCACUGCCAAGUACCCCUGGACUACGAGAAGCUGGUGAAGCGCUUUCCUCCACUCGACAUUCAUAAUGACAGCAGCUUUCAUCCGAGCAUCGGGCCCACAAGCCAGGAUGACGUUGGGAUCAAGCUUGCACUGCAGCAUCAAGCAAGCAUUCUCAUUGACCUAGAGACGCUGGCAACCCUACUGGACACCCAUACCGACGGGUGUCAGUGGGAACUGCCUGUUGUCGUGAGAAAAGACAAAUCAACUGGACAAACCGUCGCAUGCGUUGAUACCGCGGUCCUCCCGGAACACCUUUCUCGGCGGGAUAAGAAUCAGCUGUGCUACAACUACGCUACGAGGCUGAGGCUGACGCACGUCAACGUCGGACGGCCGAAAAAAGACGCCGCCGAAGUCGACCCCGCCACCCCGAAACGUCCGAGAGGGAGGCCUCGCAAGGCGGAGCUGCCGCGCAUGGAGGUCCCCGUGGUAGCAGACGACGAUAUUUUUGGUGAAGUGGAAGACUUGGAAACCUUCGGGGUCGGGACAGAGCCGGCCGCAUCUCCCGCAAAGACUACGGACAUGUGUGGCGAGAAGGAUGUCACUUCUCAAGCUGAGAAGGAAGAGCUAGUCAGCAAGAAGGUUUCAGCGGUGGAGUCGAUGGGUAUGGUGUCGCCGGAGAAGCCGUCCGGUGGGGAUAUUGCGUUUAAAGGCUGCAGCUCUCAGUUACAGAGUGCAGCUGAAGAGCACGGCCUCGGCUCAGAGAUAGCAGGUUCACCACGAGGCCCUGCACAAGAGGUCUCUACGUCCAAGCCCGCUGAAGGUUCACAGUGCACGUGCGCUGGUCGCAUGAUGACCAGGAGAUUGAAACAGCAGUGCCUCCACUGCAAGUGCGCAAGUCCGAAGACGCCCGCGCCCGACCCUCCGUCCACGGAUGGGUCGAUGGACAGCGAAGACGCGCCGCUCGUCAUCGACGAGAGCCCCGUUGAAGAAUCUCUCGUCGUCGAAAUCGCAUCUCCCGACAGCAGCCCAGUCAGGGGCGGUGACGACGGCGGAUUCGAGCCUGUCACACCAAAAAUCGCGCUGAAUAAAGACGAAGAUGACCAAAGGGUGGAAGCCACAGACAGCGACACCGACGACGGUUGCGGAGCUCUGCGGAUUGACCUUGAAGGAACCGCGGAAGACUGCAAAAAGGACGAUGCGGAAGUGCCGUUGGAAAAGGACGUGGAGAUGGACUCGCCGGAGUCUCCGCCGCCUGCUAGCAAUGACGAGGGGGAUGCGGUUUGUGUUGAAAUUGAUGCAACGGCCUCCUCUCCCGAACGGACUAGCACUGCCGAAGUCCCUCCGGGGGUGGCAUGGGAAGCGAGCGAAGCUAAAAGUGCAACUGGACCCCUUCCCGAGGGUGCAAAUGUGUUCUACAACCUCUGGAAACUUGGUUCUGUCACCCUCCUUCUGCGACACCAUGCACACGCGUUCACGGCUGUGAACAAACAGACGUGGAGUAUCUUCCCAAAGCUGGAGUACAAUCCUCACCUAGGGGCCGAAAUGUUCACGGAGGCGGAACUAAUCAAGCAGAUGUGUUAUCUUCUCAUGAUACCCAACAGUAACCUACUGAGAGUUCGUGUGGAUGCUCUUAAUUCGAGUAUCUUGUACAUGGAAGACCUGGGCUGUACAGAGUUUGUCAACGUGGUGAAAACCUUUAGUCCAGAUAAGCUGUUUGGCAAGGUGGGCUUUAUCCUAGGAAAGAUCUCCGGCCUCGAACCAGGGUAUUACAUCCUCUCAUGCCGUGCGACAGAAAGUCAUAUUAAGCUUCUCAAAGCUACAGACGGAAAUAGGAGGGGUACUUUCGACCUCCACUGCGUUGCAAACCAGCGAGCUGCACUUGUGGAAGAUCCCGACAGUUCACCCAGAGUUAUCCCGCUCGACCCCGAGGUGGUCCUACCAGAUGCUCACCGCCUUGGCCAAAUUCCACUGACGUUCCCACCAAAAGACCCUAAAAGACCCAUGCUUUUGGUACCUAGAAGACAUUUGAAACGUUUCAAGGGGCAAGAAGGCAGUGAAGACGAUGCUGCGGCGAAUGUUUCUAACUAAAGACAACCAAUAAUGCUUUGUUAAAAAAAGCGUAUGGCAUAUAUUUUCCGUGAAAAUAAAUAAAAAAGAUGUCUACUGUGCAA